ACGAAUUGAAUAAAAAAGGAAAAAUAAAAGAAAAAGAAAGAGCGACGAACAGAGAAGAAGAGAGAUCGGAAUUCGGAAACGAAGGUGUGAAGGCGAUCCAAUUCAACUGAGGAAGCAGUGGAAUUGCUUCCGAUUCACGACGACGACCACUGCAAUAAUCGCCACUGUAAUUAAUCCUCUCAGAUUCAUUUCAUUCAAUCCAAUUUCCGCAUUUGAGCUCGAGAUUUAGGGAAUGCGGUUUCCGCAAUUGGAGACGUAGGGCGGUCGAUGUCGGCGUCUCAAACCCUAGGCGGCGCAUCCCGCUGCGGCUGGGUGCUGGGGCCUUCGCUCGACAAGAUCAUCAAAAAUGUGGCGUGGAGGAAGCACUCUCAGCUCGUUUCCGCCUCCAAAUCCGCUCUCGACAAGCUCGAAUCUCUCUCCGACGACCCCUCCGAUCCCGCCUCCUGCUCCCCUCUCUAUGGUCUCUCCUCCUCCGAUGCCGACCUCCUGCUUCAGCCGCUCAUCGCCGCGCUCGAAUCGGCCUACCCUAAGGUCGUCGAGCCGGCUCUCGAUUGUGCCUUCCGUCUCUUCUCAUUUGGCCUCAUCCGCGGCUGCGAGAUCAAGGAGGAUGUCUCGAUUAUCUACCGAAUCAUUGAUUCCGCCUGCAAAUGUGCUGCAAUUGCCGAUGAGGCGAUUGAGCUGGCGGUGCUGAAGGUUUUGCUGGCGGCUGUUCGAUCUCCGUGCAAUCGCAUUCUCGGUGAUUGUUUAAUCUAUAUCGUUAGGUCUUGCUACAAUGUGUACCUCGGCGGCCACAGUGGUACCAAUCAGAUCUGUGCCAAGGCUGUUCUUGCGCAGAUGAUGAUCAUUGUUUUCACUCGAACGCAGGAGAAUUCGAUGCACGUUGACGUGAAGAACAUUUCGGUUUUUGAAUUGCUUGAGUUUGCGGAUAGGAAUCUUAAUGAAGGGAGUUCUAUUCAUUUCGCUCAGACCUUUAUCAAUGAGAUUAUGGAGUGUAAGGAUAGCCCUUUCAUGGUGAAAUCGCCUACGGAGUUGCAAAAUGGUUCCAAAGCUUCUGAAGAAAGACCUGAUGAGGAAAGCAGAAAAUCUGUUGAUGAGAGUGCUGAUGUUAGCGAGUAUAGUACGAUUAGGGAGGAUGGUUUUAUGCUCUUCAAGAAUUUAUGCAAGUUGUCUAUGAAAUUUUCAUCACAAGAGAGUUCUGAUGAUCAGAUUCUGCUGAAGGGAAAAACCCUCUCCUUGGAGCUCUUGAACGUGGUCAUGGGAAAUGCAGGGCCAAUCUGGUGUACAAACGAGAGGUUUCUUAAUGCUGUCAAGCAAUACCUGUGUCUGUCAUUGUUGAAGAACAGUGGACAAUCUGUAAUGUCUAUUUUUCAACUUCUUUGUUCAAUAUUUUGGAACCUGUUGUUGAAAUUUAGGUCUGGGUUGAAAUCAGAGAUUGGAAUUUUCUUUCCCAUGUUGAUUCUUCGAGUACUAGAGAAUGUGCUCCAGCCUAGUUUCUUGCAGAAGAUGACUGUUUUGGGUUUAUUAGAGAAGAUCUCUCAGGAUCCACAGAUUGUUAUUGAUAUUUUUGUCAACUACGAUUGCGAUGUGGAUGCUCCCAACAUAUUUGAAAGGUCUGUCAAUGGCCUUCUAAAAACUGCUCUAGGUCCACCUCCUGGUUCCAUUUCCUCCUUAUCUCCCAUCCAAGAUAUGACAUUUCGUCAUGAAUCAGUUAAGUGCCUAGUGAGGAUAAUUAAAUCAAUGGGAUCAUGGAUGGACCAACAGCUGAAAGUUGGAGAAUGUAAUCCAACAAAGACCUCUGAUAAUGAAAAUGUGGUUGAGAGUCCGAAUUACCACAACGAUGAUGCAACUAAUGCUGAUUUUGAGCUGCACCCAGAAGCAAACUCUGAAAUUUAUGAUGCUGCAACACUGGAGCAGCGUAGAGCUCAUAAGUUGGAAAUUCAGAAAGGUACUGCGCUGUUCAAUAGAAAACCAUCAAAGGGAAUUGAGUUCUUGAUAAAAGCCAAAAAAGUUGGUAGCUCCCCUGAAGAAGUGGCUCAUUUUCUGAAAACUACUUCUGGCCUGAAUGAAAGUAUGAUAGGUGAUUAUUUUGGUGAGCGGGAGGAAUUCCCUAUGAAAGUCAUGCACGCUUAUGUUGAUUCCUUCAACUUUGAGAAGAUGGGCUUUGGUGAAGCAAUCCGAUUCUUUCUAAGAGGAUUUAGGCUACCUGGAGAAGCACAAAAGAUCGACCGCAUCAUGGAAAAGUUUGCAGAGCGCUAUUGUAAAUGCAAUCCGAACUCGUUCACCAGCGCAGAUACGGCUUAUGUCCUUGCUUACUCUGUCAUAAUGCUCAAUACCGAUGCCCAUAAUAGUAUGGUAAAGGAUAAGAUGACCAAGGCUGAUUUCAUUCGGAAUAACCGAGGCAUAGAUGACGGAAAGGACCUAUCUGAGGAUUACUUGGGCUCUCUGUAUGACCAUAUUGUGAAAAAUGAGAUUAAAAUGAAGCCUGAUCCUUCCGCUCCACAAAGCAAACAAGGAAACAGCCUGAAUAAACUGCUGGGCUUAGAUGGCAUACUCAAUCUGGUAUGGAAGCAGCCUGAAGAAAAAGCACUGGGUGCAAACGGAUAUCUGUUAAAACAUAUCCAAGAACAGUUUAAAGCAAAAUCUGCAAAAUCAGAAGUUGUUUAUCAUGCUGUAGCAGAUCCUGCAAUAUUGAGGUUCAUGGUUGAAGUUUGUUGGGGUCCAAUGCUUGCUGCAUUUAGUGUAACUCUGGGCCAGAGUGAUGACAAGGAGGCUACUUCUCAGUGUUUACAGGGCUUCCGAUAUGCUGUGCAUGUUACAGCAAUGAUGGGGAUGCAAACCCAGAGGGAUGCUUUUGUUACCACUGUUGCUAAAUUUACUUACCUUCAUUGUGCUGCAGAUAUGAAACAAAAAAAUGUAGAUGCAGUGAAGGCCAUUAUAUCAAUUGCUAUUGAAGAUGGCAAUAACCUUCAGGAAUCAUGGGAACACAUUUUGACAUGUUUAUCCCGGUUUGAGAAUCUACAGCUCUUGGGAGAGGGAGCACCAUCUGAUUCAUCCUUCCUUAAUACAUCUAACUCAGAACAAGAUGAUAUUACAUUAAGAAAUGUAAAUUAUCCAUCCCUGAAGAGAAAAGGAACACUCCAGAACCCAGCUGUAAUGGCAGUUGUUCGAGGGGGCUCUUAUGAUAGCACCUCUCUUGGAAAAAACACUCCUGGUCUUGUUUCUCCAGAGCAGAUCAAUCAUUUCAUUUCAAACUUGUAUUUGCUUGACCAAAUAGGGAAUUUUGAACUAAACCACAUUUUCGCUCAUAGCCAGAGGUUAAACAGUGAAGCAAUUGUGUCCUUUGUAACGGCACUCUGCAAAGUCUCCAUGUUAGAAUUGCAGUCUCCAACUGAUCCACGCGUGUUUAGCCUCACAAAACUCGUGGAAGUUGCACAUUAUAACAUGAAUCGCAUAAGACUUGUGUGGUCCCGGAUAUGGAGUGUCCUUUCCGAUUUUUUUGUGGCGGUUGGGUUGUCAGAAAAUCUGUCUGUUGCAAUCUUUGUUAUGGACUCACUGCGGCAACUUGCUAUGAAAUUCCUAGAACGAGAAGAACUGGCAAAUUACAACUUUCAAAAUGAAUUUUUGAUACCCUUUGCAGUUGUGAUGCAGAAAAGUAAUUCCACAGAGAUCAGAGAGUUAAUAGUUCGAUGUAUCUCUCAAAUGGUCCUCAGUCGGGUCGGUAACAUAAAAUCUGGAUGGAAGAGUGUUUUCACGGUUUUUACAGCGGCUGCAGCUGAUGAAAGGAAGAGCAUAGUCUUGUUGGCCUUUGAAACAAUGGAGAAAAUAGUGCGGGAAUAUUUCCCCUACAUAACUGAGACAGAUGCUUUGAUUUUUACAGAUUGUGUCAAGUGCCUCAUCACCUUCACAAAUAGUAGAUUUAACAGUGAUGUCAGCCUCAAUGCUAUUGCUUUUCUGCGGUUCUGUGCUGUCAAACUUGCAGACGGUGGACUUGUUUGUAGGGAAAAAAGUAAGGAGGAUGAUUCUUGCGGUCAAGUUUUAAAUGAAAAUGCUGUCGAGGGUCAAACUUGCACAGACAAGGAUGACUAUGCGAAUUUCUGGAUUCCCUUGCUUUCAGGACUAUCAAAAUUGACAUCAGAUCCUCGAGCAGCCAUCAGAAAGGGUGCUCUGGAAGUCCUGUUCAAUAUUUUAAAGGAUCAUGGUCAACUUUUUACACAACCAUUCUGGGCUAAUGUUUUCAAUUGUGCGAUCUUUCCCAUAUUCAGAAUCAGUGUUGACAUUAAAGAUUCUGGUCCCUUACAUCCCGAGGGGAAUGUAUGGGAUUCCGAAACUUCUAUAGUUGCAGCAGAGUGUCUUAUUGACUUAUUUGUCCAUUUCUUCGAUAUGGUCAGAACCCAGAUGCAUGGAGUAGUAUCCAUACUAGUGGGGUUCAUGAAAAGUCCAGGUCAAGGCCCCUCAAGUGCGGCGGUAGCUGCUUUGAUGCGUUUGGCUAAUGAUUUAGGGAGCAAACUUUCCGAAGAUGAGUGGCAAGAUAUCGUUCUCUGUUUGAAAGAGGCAGCUGGUUCCAGUCUGCCUGAUUUCGCGAAGCUUCUGAAAACCAUGGACAGCAUUGAGAUUCCAGAUGUUUCUCAGCCCGAUAAUGAAAUGGAAUUUUCUACCAGCCGUGGAGUAAAUAAUUAUGGCUCUGAGGAUAAUAACGAAAACCUGCAAAUUGUGGCAUAUAUCGUAUCAAGGAUGAAAGUCCAUAUUAAUAUACAGCUACUUGUUAUACAGGUUGUGACUGAUAUUUACAAGAUCCACUGGAAGUCCCUGUCUCCAAAUAUUGUCACCACAGUACUCGGAAUCUUUUCAUCAACAUCGUCUCACUCUCACGAUUUGAACUCCCAAACAUCAUUACUGCUCAAGCUAGACAGAGCAUGCUCUAUGCUGGAGAUCUCAGGUCCACCACUCAUUCACUUCGAAAACGAGUCAUACAAGAGCUACCUAAACUUCUUGCAUGAUCUACUAGUGAACAGUCCAUCUCUGUCCGAGGAGAAGAAUGUGGAAGGCGAGCUUGUUUCUGUAUGCAAGCAAGUGCUGCAGACAUACCUCGGGUGCAGUGGAUUCGAAUACGUAUCACAGGAUAAACCUAGGGCGAACUGUGUUCUCCCACUAGGCUCCGCGAAGAAGGAGGAAUUAGCAGCUCGGACGCCUCUAGUUCUAUCAGUUAUGCGAAUUUUGGGCAGUCUAGAGAGGGAUUCGUUCAGGAGGCAUGUUUCUGAGCUGUUUCCGUUGCUGGUGGGUCUCGUGCGAAGCGAGCAUAGUUCGAUGGAAGUGCAGAGGGUUUUGAGCAGUAUAUUUCAGUCGUGUAUAGGUCCUUUAGUAUGUAAGUGAGCCUUGUUUAUGUAUAGAGUAUAAAUUGAGAUUCUUCUCUUGCCUCAUUCAUUAUCGAUAGGAAGAUUCUAUAUUGAGGAACGAACAAAGCCAUUUUGGAUUACUUUAGAAAUAUAUGCAUUUAUACUCAUUUUGGCUACA